AUGACUAAUUGCUCCUCUUUACAAGUUCUAGAUUUGUCUUUUAAUUAUCUCAUUGGGAUUUUGCCUUCUUCUGUUAACCAACUAUCAAGCAAACUAUAUUCCAUGAAUUUGAAUCACAAUGAAAUUGGGGGAAACAUACCAAGUGGCAUUGAAAAUCUUACAAAUUUGGCACUCUUAGACUUAUCCAAUAAUCAUUUCAAUGGGACUAUUCCAUCCACUCUCGGCCAACUUCUGAAUCUUGAAAGAUUGUAUUUGGACAAAAAUAAGUUAUGUGGAGGAAUACCAGCAAGUUUAGGUCAUGCAAAAAGGCUUGGAUUGGUAUCAUUGAGUGAAAACAUGAUUUCAGGUGAAAUUCCAGAUGCUCUUGGCAAUCUUUCACAAUUAAGGGAUUUUAUUCUUCAUCACAAUCAACUUUCAGGGACCCUGCCAGCUAGUUUAGGGAGAUGUGUCAAUUUGGAAAAGGUGGACUUAUCUUACAACAGACUACAAGGAACCAUACCUCUUGAAUGGGCAAGUCUUGUGAAUCUCCAAUUCUAUUUCAAUGUUUCCAGCAAUUUAUUACAAGGUUCUAUUUUAAUAAUGAAUAAAAUGGCAAUGGUUCAAGCUAUAGACGUGUCUCUCAACAACUUUUCAGGUGAAAUUCCAGCUGCAUUGUCAAGUUGCACAAACUUGCAAUAUUUGAAUCUUUCAUGGAAUUCAUUUUACAGUUCAAUACCAACAUCACUCACAAAUCUAAAAAAUCUUGAAGUAAUUGAUCUCUCUAGAAAUAAUUUGUCUGGUGCAAUCCCAGUGACUUUCCAAGAAAUGAAAAUGCUUCAUCAUAUUAAUCUCUCUUCAAACAAAUUAAUAGGAGAGGUUCCAAAGGGAGGGGCUUUUGCAAUGAUUGAUGAAUCAGCAGUUUCAGGAAAUGUUGGCCUUUGUGGAAAGUGGAUUAAUCUUCCACCAUGCAUGGAUUUCAAGCACGAACAAUUCUCAACCUCCAAAAAGGUGAUAGUGCCAAUUAUGGUUGGCAUUGCAAUAUUUAUUAUGUCUUCUAUACUAUUUUUUAUUUUCUAUAGAAGGAGACAUAGUUAUCAAAAUACCCUUGACUUCAACACUGGGCCUAAAAAAAUUUCAUAUGAAGAACUUGCAGAUGCAACUGGUGGGUUUAGCCAAACUAAUCAGCUAGGGGUUGGUAGUUUUGGAUCUGUUUAUAGAGGGGUUCUCAACAAUAGUACACAUAUUGCUGUUAAAAUUUUCAAUUUCCAAGAUGAAAAUGAUGUCCAAAGUUUUCAAAGAGAAUGCAAUGUGUUAAAAAGAGUUAGGCAUCGCAAUGUGAUCAAAAUCAUUUCAGCUUAUUGUAACCCUGAUUUUAAAGCAUUGGUUCUUCCAUUCAUGUCAAAUGGAAGUUUGGAGAAGUGGCUAUAUCCUGAGGGAGAAGAUGAAAUCAAAUUAAGUUUGGUUGACCGAUUAAAAAUAACAAAGGAAAUAGCACAAGGAAUGGAAUAUCUACACCAUUAUUGCUUUGUGCAAGUCAUUCAUUGUGACCUAAAACCUAAUAAUGUGUUGUUAGGCGAUGAUAUGACUCCAUAUAUAGCAGACUUUGGCAUUGCAAGACUUUUUUUUGAGAAUUCAAUAGAUUCAGUGACUUUUGCAAGUGUACUCAAGGGAUCUAUUGGCUACUUUGCACCAGAGUAUGGAAUGGGUGGAAAGAUUUCAACAGAAGGAGAUGUGUAUAGUUAUGGAAUUAUAAUUUUAGAAUUGUUGACAAGGAGGAGGCCAACAGAUAACAUGUUUGUAGAAGGUAUUAAUCUACCAAAAUGGGCAAGCAUGCAUUUUCCAAAUAAGAUCACAGAAGUGGUGGACAACCAACUACUCAUAGAUGUUGAGGAGUCAAAUAAAGAAAUGGUAUUGGCAUGCCUUACUGAAGUCAUCCAAAUAGGGUUGAUUUGUACAAGGGAGGAUCCACACCAACGCCCAACUAUGAUGGAGAUUGUCCAGAGAUUAGAAAAAGUAACAAGUUUAUUUCUUGGCACUCCUAGAGCUUUUCAUUUGCCCAUAGAUAUCUCACCUUUUCUUGAGAGUACCCAUAAUCAAGAAAUACUAAUGAAGAGAGCUCUGGAAAUUGGUCUACAUCUACAUAUUAGCCCUUCACCCAACUUAAUAACAGUGGUUAAUUAUUGUUUCUUUCUAUGGGAGGAAGAAUGUUGAAGCUACUGCUAAUAGGAGUACAAAUUAUGACUUCCAGUUUUAGGCAUCUCUGCACUCAUCAUGAAUCUCCAUCUUUAGGUGUACUGCAUUUGGUUGUGUUGCAGCCUUUGGUUGUGUUGCAGCCUUUGGUUCUGUAUUUCAGUAUUUGGGAUGGUGUGAUGAUUCUACUUGUUUUACUGUCAUCAAUUCCAGUCUUAUAUUCUGCCAAAACUCUGUGUCACUGUUCUCUUUUAAACCUUUUUGAGCUAUUGUGCUACUGUUAUGAACAAUGGUGUCUGUUAAUUUCUAAUAUU